AUGACUGGUCUUUCAACGCAUGUGUACAAGGAACGUGGCGUGUUAUACAGCGCAACAUUGGGUCUUGUUGACAUCAGUCGAGGAACUAAUUCUUUCUACAAACUGCAGCUUAUCAAACAUGAUACACAAUCUCGCCACUGGGUUUAUCGAGCAUGGGGACGCGUUGGUACUACAAUUGGAGGAAAUAAGACGGAGGACUAUGGAUCUAACUUGGAUGGUGCCAAGGAGAGUUUCAAAGCUCUGUACCAAGAGAAGACUGGUAACAGGUUUGGUGCCAAGAACCCUGUCAAACAUCCUAUGAAGUUCUUUCCUCUGGACAUCAGCUAUGAAGAGGAAGAGGAGCGAAUUGCAUCAAGUAAAGAACGUGCAGGAAAGACAUCUAAGCUGCCCAAGCCGAUCCAGGAUUUGAUGAAAAUGAUCUUUGAUUUAGAGGAGCUCAAGAAAACUAUGCUGGAGUUUGAGAUUGAUCUUGAGAAGAUGCCACUGGGAAAGCUGUCUAAGAAACAGAUUGAGGAUGCUUACAAAGUUCUUACAGACCUUCAGAAGUUGGUGACUGAUAAAGCUACUCAAUCAGCCAUCUUGGAUGCGUCUAAUCGGUUCUACACACUCAUUCCACACAACUUUGGCUUGAAAUCUAUUCCACUUCUUGAUACACUUGACAUCAUUCAGGCCAAGACUCAGAUGUUGGCUAAUCUUCUAGACAUUGAGAUUGCAUACAAUAUGCUGAAAGAAACAGGAGAAGCUGGUACAGACCCUAUCGAUGUUCACUAUCAAAAACUCAAAUGUGCCAUGGAGGUGGUUGAUAAGAAGAGCGAUGAGUUCAAGUUGAUCAAAGACUACACUGAAAACACCCAUGCAGCUACCCACAACUGGUACCGUCUCUCUGUUCAGGAGGUCUUCAGGAUCGAUAGAGAGGGUGAAGGUCCAAGGUUCAAACCUUUCAAGAAGCUUCAUAACAGACAGCUACUAUGGCAUGGAUCCCGCAAAACCAACUUUGGAGGAAUCCUCUCUCAGGGACUUAGGAUUGCCCCUCCUGAAGCCCCAGCAACUGGUUACAUGUUUGGCAAGGGUAUCUACUUUGCUGACAUGGUAACAAAGAGUGCCAACUACUGUUACGCAAAUGCCAGCAGUAACAUCGGUCUCAUGCUUCUCUCUGAUGUUGCACUUGGUGACAUGUAUGAGCUUCGAGGGGCAAAGGGCAUGUCAAAACCACCUGCUGGAAAACACAGUACUAAAGGUCUUGGACGUACCUGUCCCGAUCCUUCAGGCUUGGUCACCAUUGAGGAUAAUCUUCAGGUUCCUAUGGGGAAGGGUACUGAUAGUGUUAUCAACAAUACCAGUCUUCUUUACAACGAAUACAUUGUAUACGAUGUUGCACAGGUCCAGAUGCGCUACCUUAUCAAGAUGAAUUUCAACUACAAUUGUUGAUGUGCAUGGAAAAUUCAACAUGGAGAGAGAUUUACCAGCCAAAGCCAAAAAAAAAAAAAAACAAGAUGGAGAUUGUCGUUGCUUACAGUGUAUUCAGUUGGGAGAGUGGAAUACAAGGCAGAAAUAAACACAUACUGCUAAAUUAUAAUAAAUCUAAAAUAGAACUAAAGUAGAUAUAUGGUUAUUGAAGAGUACUUUAUUUCACUGGAUGGGACACAAAUGGAGCACAUAUUGAAAUGCGUGUAGCAGUAGCUGUUAUUACAAGAAUUGCUAAAAUCAGAAAAGUUCAUUGGUAUUGAGAAUUGUGUGUGAAUUGUUGUUUUCUGCCUUAUUUAGAUUUGAUAAUGAUAAUAUAUAGCAUUCAUGAGGCGCCGAUUUAUCUAGCUUCCCUGUUCAAUGGCGCACUAUAUAUUACCCCUGCUGUAGCUCCAGCUGCUUAAGGUGCUUGGUGCAUUCAAGGAAUUAAUCCUGCCUGUUAGCCAGUCACCUCACCUGGGUUGAGUGCAGCACAAUAUGGAUAAAUUUCUUGCUGAAGGAAAACACGCUGUGGCUGAGAUUUUAACCCACGCCCCUCUCAUUGAAAGACGAGAUUCGUAACCACUAGACCAGAAUGCCCCCAUUUAUUUAUCAUUCAGUGCAUUAUUUUCAGUACCUAUAACAAGCCAUCCAAAGGUUUAUAGGACAUGCUUUCAUGGAUGAAGUGCUAACCUAUGUAAUGUCAACAUUAGGAUUCAGGUUAAAUCAGAGAGUCUGUGAUAACAAUCAGGAUUGUUUUUUUAGGGGGGGCAGCAGAGCUUGUUUUCCUAGACAUCUUUUUGCCUUCAGGUUUUAUACACUCUAAAUAAAUUGUCUAGGCACUUUCUUUAGACAAAGUAUUGCUUGUAACUUCCUAAAAAGUUUAGUGGAUAAGUAUACAUUGUUUCUAUAUAUUUGGGUUGAAUCGGCUGCUUAGCGGAACACAACAGUAACAAAUUUUAGUUUGCGAACACAAGGAUUUUGUAUGGGUCUCUCCUACAUAUCUAACCAAUUCCUAUGAGAGCUGGUUUUUGUUUUGUAUGUGAUACACUUCUUUUCCAUAAUUUCAGCAUUCAAGUGGAUGUAAAAAUAAGCUGCGGUUGAGUUCUUUGCCUUGAUUUUCGUAAUGAUAUCAAUAAACUUCUGAGCUACUGCAUAGAUUAUGACUGAACUAAAACUAAGUUCUGUAUCCAUUUGGAAUAAAAUGGCAGUAUGAUAAAGGAAACUGAGAGUAAAAUCUGUAAUACAAAUUACUGAGGCAUUUCAUAGAAAUGUAGUUGAUGUGGUUAAGGACGAGCAGUGGGAUUUCUAUUCUUCACAUACAUGGUAUCCAACAUGCAUUGUAAUGUAGAAUUAAAAAUACACUGCAAUAAUUAUGCUUGAACAUUUUUUUUUCACAUUCAUGUCAUGAUUAUUACAUUUAUCUUUAUGUACCAAGGUAUGUUUAAUAGUCAUGAAUCCUUGAUGUUCUUUUUGUUUCAAUGCAAACAUACCCAUGAUUUUCUCUCAUAUUUUUUAUGAAAUUCAGUUAUUGUGCAGAGAAAUGCCAAUAAAUACAAGGAUGUGUAUUGCAAAAAUGCAAAGGCUGCUGGAACUGUAUGAAACAACAUAAUAAUUUGUUAAUCCUCUUUACAUUAUUGUUAUCACAUAGUCCUUUGUUCUUUUCGUUGCCGUAAAUCUUGCUUCUUCUUUUUUUACCUUCAUAAUCAUAAAUGUACAUGUACAACCUCUUUUUGUCUUCCGUGUUUUUCAUCUUGAUACCGAUUUGUUUGUAUACAGAUAUUAUGAACAAGAAAAAUAACCGUACUAUCUAGCCAUUGUAGAUAUCCACAAUGCAAGAAUUUUUUCUUUAUACACUUUUUUACUUUUAUUUGUUGUCAUACUCUAAUUUUCAUGUCUUUUUGUCUUUCACUUGUAAAAUUCCUCUUUGUAUUACUAUUAUAUGAAAAAGAUUGCCAUGUUUUAUUAUGCAUCCCCCUUUGAAAAUUUCUGUCAAAUUGAAAUAUGACAGGAUUGUAUGUUAUCAUAUUGUUAAUGGUAUUCAAACAGUAAUACCCAAAUUGGAUUGCUCUUGUGAUACACUGUAGCAAGCCCAUGGAAUACAAGGGCAUAAAUCAGUAUGCUGCAAUUUCUAACUUAAAAGAGAUUUUUUUUUUUUUUUUAACAAACUUAAAAAUAAUUGAGGAGUUUUUGACUACAGACAAAGAUUUGUGAUUUGGAUUAUAGAGUACCUAUAGGUAUAUUUGCAUGAUACCAAUAGUGUAGAGUACGGCAUAUAAUAUUGUAGACCAAGCUUGUAGCAAUUAAAAUUUCAUAUAUUUAGGUUCAUUUCUCACAAAAAGAAAUUAUGCAUGUCAAUAAUUUUAGAAUAAGAAAAAAAAAAGAACAUUUGAAACAUUGUUUUGGGCAUAUUUUUCCUAGAACUGUGUAGUAAGAUACAGAUGUGCCAUAGUUACUAAAUAUUAUUCAGAUCUGAAUAAAGUAGAAAAUGAUAUUUUGUACAGAAAAUGCUUAUUCACAUCACGUUCACUUUACAAUAGCGACUGGAGACGUUUUAUUACUGUGUCUUUAAUAUGUGUAUUGUGUAGUAAGUUAUACAUACAUUAUAGAAGUUGGAUUAUUAAGUACAUGAAUUAUGUGCCUCAAGUGUGUUAAAAGUGAUAAAAUAUUAUAUCUUUCCUGAAAAUACUUCUUUAUUAUGUCAAAAUCAUGAGGACUCAUCAGACCUUGUAAACCAUAACAGCUGAAAAAUUUAUAAAUGUAUCUACUAUGAAGUGAAGUUGCAUCAUCUAGUAUAUAGAUAACAUUUGUUCUUGUUCCAAAGGCAGACGGAAUAGAUAUCUAUAUUGUGCAGAAAUUUGAAUAAACUCAUCAAAUUGAAAA